AUGACCCGACCACUCCUCACGCAUCUGCGCGCUACCGCACGCGACGCAAUCCACCCGACCGCCCUCGCACUCCUCUGGCUCGCCCUUCUCAUCCUCUUCAGGAAGGUCUGUAUGGCCCAGAUACCAACAUGGCCAGCACGCGCGCGCUCCUCGCUCGACGCAUCCUACCUCACCGGCGAAGCUACAGAGGAACGAUACAACGUGGACAGGCUGUGGAUGCAUCUCGAAUGGGCGUCGUAUCGCAUUAUUGCGUCGCUCUCGCCCGUCACGGGUCUGCUGCUCGCCUUCCGUUCCAACAGUGCCAUCGAGCGUUGGAGCACGGCAAGGCGGAAAUGGUCGGAUGUACAAGCAACUUCGAGAUCGCUCUUGCGGUUGCUGAGUGCGUCACUGCUACCGCAUAGCACGACGGAAACAGUCCCAGACGCGGCCUCCGUGAGAGACUUUGCUGAGAAGCAGGAGAAGAGGCGGAAUGCGGAGGCAACGUUGGCUACAAUUCCAUUUUUCAGCAUCAGCCUGAUGUGCGAGAUGCGCGGCCUAGUAUUGCACCUCUCGCCAGGGAGAGAACAGAGUCUUUUGCGCACCGACUUGGUCGAGAUGCUUCCGCCUGCUCUCAUCGCCCUCGCCAAGCGACACCAUGGCGAGGACCCGACGCAAGCAAACGGGUGUGAUACAGCGAGCAAUCAGGAGAAACGCAAACAACUGAAAAACCUCAACUCGCCCCACGUCAUCAAGGAUUCCACACACAGCACCCACACGAGCACCAACUCAAAUUUGGCAUUGAUAUCGCUCGUGCUGCUACAACAGUCGCUCGACACGUUGCACUCGAGGUCGCAACUCACGAGUCCCGUCUAUGCCCACUCGAUUGGCCUGCUCAAUAGCCUUUCCACGCACAUGACCGAGUUGGAGCGUGUCCGCGAUACCCCCAUUCCACUUUCCGUAUCGACGCACUUUUCGAGGCUGUUGAUGAUCCACUCGUGUUUGCUGCCCGUCGUGGUGGUGCAGAAGCUGAAAGGCGAGCGCUGGUGGUUGUGUGCGCUCGUGGUGGGGGUGGUAACCAGCAUGUUGUACGGGGUAGAUAGCUUUGCGGCUAAGCUGGGUCAGCCGAUGGGCUUAGAUAGGGAAGAUCUCCCGUUGGAAAAGUACGUUGCUGACGCGCAGAAUGAGUGGCAGGAGGUGAUGAGUGCCAUUCUGUCGAUACCCUAG